AUUUUUCUUAUACACCCUAAUAAUGAAUGUGUCAGGCUUUGGAUUACCUAAGAUUAGAGGCAUCCAUGUGGGAAACAUCAAGGACCUACUUCUGGGAGAAGACAUUCUGUGUUCCCCUACCACAUCUAUAGCUCUAGAUAGAGAGUGGAAUCCAUGGCAACUUUGGAGCCAGGAUCUCACCGGCUGGAUGUUGCUGCUGACCCAGGAGGGAAGCCCUGAGAAGUCACAGUCCUGGAGUGCAAGCCCAGAGAUUUCCUCAUUGCUGAAGAAUACUGUGAAUCGGAGUCCAAGGAGACCCCAUCCAGCUCCUGUAAUCCCAAAGGUAGCUAGGAGGCCCAAACUCGUGGAUUUGGGGACAUCUUGGUCCCAACGGAUGAAUUAUCCUUAUCAGAGGCGGCACUCUAUUCAGAAAAUUCCUGCUACCUCUCAUGUCCUAAGUGACAGCUCUGAAUCUCAAGUUUCUAUACCCCCUUAUCAAAGGCCAAAGUUAAAGAGAGAGACACAACACCAACCUAAGCUUGGCCUCCGGGGGGGGGCACAGCCCAUGCCCCCCCAAGAACCCCUACACGUUUCUACACAUUGCUACACGUUGGGAGCAGUCCCCCUCUCUCUAGCCUGGCACCUGCUUCCAUCACCAGCUCCCACUUUGCUCCAUGUCCAACCCUCCCUCCCUGUGACUGCACCACUACAGAGCCCUGACAUCCUACCAGGACAGAGCCCUGUGACUCCAGCACUACUUAGCCCUGAGGCCUAUAAUCUCCUGGAGCAAAACAUUGCGGACCAUCAAUUGCACCAGCAAGUCCACAGUCAGCCACACCAGUCUUAUUCCACUGUGAUCCCAUCACCUGUGGUUUCUUUGUACCCGCCUCCUCCUGCAACCAAGGAGAUGGUGCCCAGGCACAACAACCAAGUGGUACUGCAGAUCUCUCUGUCCCCACAGUCACAGCCUGGUACUGAGUUCCUCUUGGACCCCACCCCCUGGCCCAGCUCAGCUGCCCAACCUCAACUUCACCCCAAAAGCUAUCCCCUUACAUAUUGCCAGGUUCCCCCCAAACACCACCUACCCCAAGCACUGCCCUCUUCCUAUAUUCAUUCACAGCCCCCUGACUAUACCCCUUCAUUAAAAGGAAAUCUAUCCUCCUCUUCUGGUAGCCUCCAGGGCUGCCAAAGGAGAAGAGAAAGGCUUCGAGAGCUUUGUAGUAGCACGACAGCCCCCAGAAUUGAGGAGGGAUGCAUACCAUGCGAGACUGGGCUUGGGGAGCAGGGGGGACCUGCAGCCCUGGCCCGGGACCUGGUGGCAUUUCUUGGUCACCACCGCAUUGCCAGGGAUCUGCGGUUACUGCUGCUGCAGUGCCUGUGGCAGGGUCAUGCUGGACCCAUUCCAGCCGUGGAGUAUCCUAUAUGUUUGGUGUGCCGCAAAACAAGAGGGCCCUCCUGCCCAGCCCCCAGCCACUGGCCUGGACCCCAGCUCCUUGCCUUCCCACAACUGCUGCCCUCCAGGCAAGGGCUGGAGUUGGGGUCUGGGCAGCUCCACGUCGGCAUCGGCUUUGGCUUGCGCCUGCAACAGGAUCAGGCCCAAGCUUUGGAACUGUUGCCCAAGAAAGAGAUCGAGGAGCUGGAGUAUGUGGUCGAGGCCCAGUGCCCCAAGGAAGAAAGCUUCCCAGCCCCAGAGCCUCAAUUCCCACCUUCCAUCUCCUGCCCAGAGUCUCCACAUCUCCAUAUCCCUGGUCCUGCUUUCCCAAAGCCCAGCCCUCUCCCUCCAGCCCAUGUGCCCACAUACCCAGAGGCCCCCACCCACACUUCAUCUCCAAGCAAGAACCUGGGCGCAUCUGCCUAGGAACAGCCCAGACCCCAUUCCCUUUACUCAGGCCCAGACCCCAAAGUACUGGGAGCCCAAGGGACUCCCUGAAGGGAUGGCUGGGUGGGGUCCAUGUUUACUCUCCAUCCCGGAAUCCUGGGAGUCCUUUAUGGAGUCUGCUGUCUCCAGGCUAAAAAUGGCCAAAGGGUGCUAUAGUCUCCCUAACACCACCAGCACUUGGCCCUCAUUCUGUAGUCCACAAUAAAGAGGAUGCUACAGA